GGGGCUUGAUUUCUUGGACUUGAGUGAGAACCAGCUUGAAGGCAUGCACUUAGACUCUGAUCUAGUGAUGUUAAGCUUGAAGGAAAUUGGAAAACUCAAGGCUGCCUCCAAGAGAAGAGGCAAAAUACUUGGUGUGCAAGCAAUCUCUCACGAGAGACUCUUACUUUUGUUUGCAUUUUGCAAGAGGUGUGUAGAUGUGACUGGAGCUUACAGUGCUCUAAAGACGGAGCUUAACAUAAGCUUGACAGCAACAGGCCUUUUGUGGACUACAACUGGCUUUAUUGCAAAGAGGAUUACACAUGGACCUGUGGAAGAAAGGGAAACAAGAAAGGGAAACAGGUAUAUGACGAGUGCACAACAAAUGGACUCACAACAAAGACAAGUGCACAAAGGAUGAUGAAUUGAAGGAUGGAGCAAGUUUCGUGCAUGGUUUACUUUUGUGUAUCUUGUAAUUUUUUGUUUUUCAUUUUUGAAGUAAAAAAUGUUCAAGAUUAUAAUACUUUAUUAUGUUAUGCUUUCAAAUUUAAGUUAGAACU